AUGGGAUAUCGCCUCCAACUGUGCAUCGUCAACUGGCCGGAUGGGAUUACGUCACCGGGGCCCGACUUCACAUACAAGAGCCUCCAAGCCGCGGACCUCGCCGCAAUCGUUGAUCCAUAUAUCAGAAGGGUGAAAGAUCCGGACAGCACUGACAUGGUUGUUGAUAUCAUACCUUGGAGUGAUAAUUCCAUUGCAUUGCCAGAUGGCCACCGGGAUAAGGCGAGUGUUGCUCUGGUGCAGAGCAUGAAGGGCAGGAAGCUGCGGGUCCUACGCGACUCUCCGGACUAUCUCAAGGCUCUUGCACCUGCCAUCAAACAUCGCAGGCCCUCGAAGCGUGCAUUUGAGCCGGUCGAUCUGAGCAACUUGGAUGAGCACCUCGAGGACGGAUUGUCUGCAGAUGAAGAUGUCUCCCAUCGUCCUGCACCUCGGCACGUCGCCGAACAGCGCGCUGUCUCAUGA